CAAAGUUAUGGGAUAUUGUAAUUGUGAUGCGAUGAUAUUAUCUCUCUCUCUAUCUAUCUUCUAUCUCUAUUGGUGAAAUGGCAGCUACGACCACCACUCCCGCUGCUCUCAGGUUUCUUCCUCCAAAUCCCACAACCAGAAAAACAUUCAACUUCUUCUCAAUUCUAAAACCAAAUUUCAACUCACUUCGUUCAUUCUCUCAUUCAUCAUUAUUUUCUCUAUCUCACAAAUACCCUCUUUCUCCCUGCAAAUGCUCCUUCACUGCCCCCGUUUCCACUACAACUUACGAGUUUUCUGAUAAUGCUUCAGAGAUGGAGUUAAGAUUAAAUAUAGGAAGCAUGGAUGUAAGAAGCACAAAAGACAUAUCGGUUGAUGCAAACGAUACAUCUUUAACUAUCAGAGUGUUGCAGUCAGGAUCUCCAAUUACGUUGAUAGACACCAAUCCUCUUUUUGACAGGAUUAAACCCUCAGAAACAAUAUGGUAUAUAGAUGAUGAUGAUCUUGUGGUGAAUUUCAAGAAAAAUGAUCCUGAGUUGAAAUGGCCUGACAUCAUGGAAUCAUGGGAAUCACUUGCUGCUGGAUCAUCACAGCUUUUGAAAGGAACAUCCAUCUAUCUUGUUGGUGAUUCCACUGAAAUCAACCAGAAAGUGGCUGAAGAGCUUGCUACUGGUCUGGGGUACACGCCACUAAGUACAAAAGAGUUACUUGAAACUUAUUCAAACCAAACCGUGGAUUCAUGGCUGCUUGCUGAAGGUUCUGACUCAGUAGCCGAAGGCGAAGGCACUGUACUUGAAAGCAUAAGUAGUCAUGUAAGGGCAGCAGUUGCAACAUUAGGAGGUAAACAUGGUGCUGCUGGAAGAUCUGAUAAAUGGCGACAUCUCUAUGCAGGAUUUACUGUCUGGUUGUCACAGACUGAAGCAUCAGAUGAAGAUUCAGCAAGGGAGGAGACACACAGAAACGUCAAAGAUCGCAUAACUGCAUAUACGAAUGCAGAUGUGGUCGUGAAAUUACAGGGAUGGGAUCCUGCUUAUGCUAAAAGUGUGGCACAGGGAUGUUUGAGUGCCCUAAAACAGUUAAUCCUAUCAGACAAGAAACUUCCAGGUAAAAAAAGCCUAUACAUAAGAUUGGGAUGUCGUGGUGAUUGGCCAAACAUCAAACCCCCUGGUUGGGAUCCAUCAAGUGAAGGUGGUGAAACUCUUGGCACGCAAUAAUAAUGCUUGUAAUAUUAAUAACAAUGUGUAACAUCAAAUUUUUUCAGCAGCAGUUGGAGUUCUUGGUUGCAUUCACCCCUAUAAAACAAAAAACUCAGAAAAUCAAAAGUUGCAGAAAAUGAUAAACACUACAUUCCUACUCAAAAUCGAACACAAAGUCAAACUAAUCACAAAUAAUCAACAUGGUUACCGUAACA